AUGGAGUCAAUUCCUCUCAACCACCUCUUCUUCUUCUUCCUCAGCAUCACCGCCGUCCUCCGCCACUCCACCGCCGUGUCACCCUUCCCCAAGGAAGCUCUCCCCAACAGAUCAGGCUACUUGACAGUCAACUCCACCACCGGUUCGGCCAUCUUCUACACAUUCUAUGAAGCUCAAAACUCCUACAACAACACCUCAAGCUCCCAAACUCCAAUACUGAUUUGGCUUCAAGGCGGGCCGGGCUGCUCAUCGAUGCUAGCCAACUUCUACGAGUUCGGGCCGUGGCUAGUGAAGCAAGAUCUCUCACUCGGGCCUAAUCCAGGUUCUUGGAACAGAAUCUUUGGAUUGCUGUUUCUUGAUAAUCCUAUAGGCUCUGGCUUCAGCAUUGCUGCUUCAACUCAAGAAAUCCCUCGGAACCAAUACGAUGUGGCUGAGCAUCUCUUUGUAGCAAUCAAGAAGUUCAUUGGUUUGGAUGCAACCUUCAAAAGUAGGCCAGUUUACAUAACUGGUGAGAGUUAUGCUGGAAAAUAUGUGCCUGCAAUUGGGUACUACAUUUUGAAGAAGAAUCCCAGUUUGAAGUUUGAAAGUAGAGUGAAUUUGGCUGGUGUUGCUAUUGGAAAUAGUUUGACUGAUCCUGAGCUGCAAGUGGCAACUCAUGCUGUGAAUGCAUACAAUUUGGGAUUGAUAAAUGACAAGCAGAAGGCCCUUUUGGAGGAGAUUCAGUUGGAGGCUGUUGGUCAUGUGAGACGAGGGCGUUGGGGGGAAGCAACGGAUGCAAGAACCCGCGUGCUGAACACGCUGGAAAACAUGACUGGAUUGGCCACACUGUAUGACUUCACAAGGCUGAUUCCUUACCAGGAUGAUCUGGUGGCUGAGUUCUUGAACAAUGUGGAGGCGAAGAGGGCUCUUGGGGCGAACGAGUCUAUGGUGUUCGAGCUGUGCAGUGAUGUCGUGGGGGACGUGUUGAAGGAUGAUGUGAUGAAGAGUGUGAGGUACAUGGCGGAGUUCUUGGUGAAGAACACCAGAGUGUUGCUGUACCAAGGGCAGUGUGAUUUGAGAGACGGCGUGGUGUCUAACUUGGCGUGGAUGAAGGAGAUGGAUUGGGACGCGAUUGGUGAGUUCUUGGACGCGGAGAGGAAGGUGUGGAGGGUGGAUGGGAAGCUUGCUGGCUAUGUGCAGAGAUGGAAGAGCCUUACCCAUGCUGUGGUGAUGAAUGCUGGACAUCUUGUGCCUACUGAUCAGCCUAUUAAUUCUCAAGUUAUGAUAGAAGAUUGGGUUUUGGAGAAGGGGCUGUUUGCUGCUCAAGAAAGUGUGCCACAAGACAAAUAAUUUUAGGACUUUGGUUUGUAACAUGUAAUAACAAGUGAGAAGCCAAUGUUGAUGAAAUCAAACAAUUUGUCAUUCAUUGCAA